AUGUCGAAAUCAACCAAGAUGACUAGGACCAGGACCGCGAGCAUGUACAGUGACGAGUCCUCAGAAGUGGAUUUCCUGCCGACAUGGAUCAAAUCGCUCACGAGGACGCAGGGAACAAGCAUGUUUUCCCCUCUGUCUACCGCCAUCUCCAGACAACUGCAGGAGAGAGACCCACUGCAGACAGAGCAUGCUGACAUCUCUCGGCCCUCGCCGAGACUGUCCUUCCUUCAACGCCGACAGAUGAUGCACGAAGAAUCCUAUCCAGUCGAGCACGUUCAUCGUUACGGACAUACCAUGCUCCCUGCCGUUCAUCACUCCAUGGGCUUGUUCGGCAGAACGUCGAGCUUCGGCAGGAGAGCCUCCAACGCCAUCCGUCGCUCACGAUCCAUCGAUGAUGGCAUCACCAUACAAGGCAAAGAGCUGGUGCAUGCCCUCCAGAGCAAAGCUCACGCGCACGAAAGCGACGUGGGGAGCUCGGGGGAGGGUUUCAUGAAGCUGAGUGAGAGAUUCAUACGACAGUGCUGCCAACUGCUGAGCAUCGAACCCGCUGAGAGAUCGUUCAAAGACCUGGACACGAUCAUGAGUCUGAUCAACCAUGUUCCCGUCUUGAACUCCUUGUCCGCUGUAGACAAAUACUUGAUAUGUCGUCAAGGCAGGUAUAUCACUGGCGAGGUAGACGAGAUGGUGUUCAAUGAUUACUCAAAUGCGCUGCUCCUCGUACUCUCCGGAACGCUCGAGAGUUCAGACAAUGAGAUGGUGGAACCUGGAAGCGUGCUUGGAAUCAAAGAGUUCAAGGAUACAAUGGAGGAUAAGGAUUAUGUGAAUGAAAGCAGCCGAGAAACGAAGUACAUAGUGAAAACCCAAGCUUUGCUAUUGCGGGUUGACCUGAUGGAGUGCAAGAUGGCUUUCAAUGCGUACGAAAGGUCGCAGAGGCAAGGGCUGACAAGUUUUGCCUUCAUCGCUUCUUCGCUCUCCUGUGUCAAUAUAUUUCAGAGUUGGUCCUGGCUUGAUGUCUUGGCCUUGGUAAAGGACGUGGAAGGAGUUCAGAUAGACAAGGAUGUCUAUUUGUCAAGGUUUGCUUCUCUUGCUGUUGUAGCGUACAGCUAA